GUAGGGUACUUCAAAUUGGUUUCUAGUAUGUGCAUUAUUGAUAUAUAUAUAUUCGUUAAUUCUUUUGUUAUAUUUAUAAUGUGAUGAUCAUGCGCAUCUGAAUCCUAACCAGGUUUUGCCUUAAUGAUUGGUCUUUUGAAUGAUGAGUCUGAUUGUUUGUUUUGAUUGUCGAUGCUUGUUUUAAUUGUUUACUUAAUUGAUAUGUCUGAUUGUUAUUUUCGUCUCUGAAUGAAUGUUUUUGUCUGUUAACCAGUCAUUAAUAAGGUGAACUAUGGUUUUACAGGAUAUUGAUUCAUUAGUUUUCAAUCUGAUUAUUGUUUUGUAAAUUUUUUAAUUUCAAAUAAACACAAUGCACUCACGUAAACAUUUAUAUUUUCCAUUCUUGAUUAUUACAGAUAAUAGUGCAUAGUGACAGUAAGGGAAUUCUAAACAACUGUGCAAAUCGUAAGUAGUUGUUGGACUUUUUAAUUCAUUAUAAAAUUCUCUUGGACUUAUAAUACUUUGGUAAAUGUAUUUCGUUAAUAAGAGGAUAUGAAAUCCAUAUUCGCGAAUGGUAAUGUAGAUGAAGAAUAGUGGGUCUAGGCAUUCGGUAACAAGAUUAACGAUUCCUGUGAAAAUAGAUUGAUAAAAAUAAUAAUCACUUUAUCGAAUAAUAUAGAUGUUGUUCCAGUAAGAAAUUUUUAGACCGAAAUCGAAACCACUGCAGUGAAGUCUAAUUUAUGUGUAUGAAUUCUGAUGCAUUUGUUACUCGUUUUGACAGAGAAUACACAUAAAAAAUGUGUACCAACUGUUGUGUCGCCUUCAUUUAAGUCUCCCAAGAAAUCUUGUGUUAGUUGUUUGAGUCGAAUUCGUUUUUUUAAAGUUGCUAGGUGAAUGCUAAAUUAGUACAUUUCUGUUGAUAGAAACUUUUUAAUGUCUGCUGUCGUACUGGCAUGAUGCAAUAUCUGAUCACGAAAAUGGGAAAAAUAGGCUAUCUAAACAUUGUAGAUUGAAUAUACUAUCUAGAUUCCUCAAAGUAAUAUGACCGAACUUGUAAUUGAGGAGUAGGAAAAUUAUUGGGGACUAAAGUGGUGUAUAAGUGAUAAUCACAUUGAAAUCAUGAACCUACUCAAGUUAGAGCAGAACACCGUUGAAAACAUAGAAGCACUAGACAGCCUUUCUUCCUAGUACGAAACUCUCCACUAGUGCCCAUCCACUAUCCUACCUGCGGGAUAGUUUCUUGAUGCGAAUGAAAUCCAACAAUUUCCACAGCCCCUUACUGAUAAUUAAUUAGGAUGAAUAACAUAUGUCACAUUGAAAUGAUGAUCCUCUCAUCUCAUGUCCUAAAAGUGACCAAACAAUUUAGUCAUGAAUAUGUUACCCUUAGGAAAUCCCAAUUUGUAAUAAUCUUCGGAUAUUUCGUUUUUUUUUUUGUUUUACCCUAUAGAAAUGGGGUUUGUAUUGAAGUUUCCUGUUCGAUUUUUGACUUCACUUGGCGGUUCAUUGAAAGCCUCAUCUUUGAAGGCUGCAGUGUCUACAAAACAUCUUGUCGCUUCACCAACUUUCUCCCAAUUCAAUUAUAUUAUCCAUAGACAGUUUUCUGAUACCCCGUCAGACAAUUCGGUAAACAAUGUUUCUGAUUUAGUGAAAGGAAGUCGUAUUGUGCUUUUUAUGAAAGGGAAUCCAAAUGAACCACGAUGUGGUUUCAGCAAUGCUGUUUGUCGUAUCCUAGAAAUGCAUGGAAUUCUAGAAAAAGCAAGUAAAGGUGAUGAUCCAGAAUUGUUCGCAUCGUAUGAUGUCUUAGAGAAUGAAGAGCUACGAGCUGCUGCUAAAGUGUUUGCUGACUGGCCAACUUUCCCUCAGUUAUAUUUUGACGGUGAAUUUAUUGGUGGUUGUGAUAUUCUCCUAGAUAUGCAUCGUUCUGGGAAACUUACAGAAGAACUAGAACGUCUCGGUAUUGGUUCUGCUUUAGCAAAAGUAUCAGACAAAGAGAAAACAUGA